GGGGAGCCGGCCGUCCACCCACUGGCAAGUCGAUCCUCUCUGACUCGGCCGCGGCGGCCACCUCAUGGGCUCCCCAGGAAGCCUAUAUAAAGGGCGGCCAUGGAGGAGCGGCGGGAGAGCAGACGGCGUGCGCGCCCGGCAGAGGACGACGACGAGGAGGAGGAGGGCGCGCCAGGAGCCAGGCGACAACUCCAGCCGGACCUCCCCACACGCCCCGCCGCAGACCGCGCGCCUCGCUGGGCCCGAAGGGAGGGAAGCCGAAGCCCACUCAGAGGUCUGAGGCCAGCGGGGGCAGGGGGAAAAGGAAGGAGCGUGGCCCCGUCUUCCCUGCGCCCCUGUUUGUCCUCCCACCACCCAAGUGCCAUGCGCGGAUUUUUCUGGUCUCCUGCGCUGGCCGGGCUGCUGGUGCUGGUGAUGCUUUCGGCCGCCGGGCGUUGCAAAGAGAGAACGGAAUCCAGCGCGGGGCUGAAGGAAAGGCAAAACCUUUUAAACUUAAUCAUGGAGAUAAUUCAGGAACUUAAAAAAUACCACUUGGAGGAGGAGGAGGAAAAUGGGGUGCGGUACAAACAAGACUACCUUUUGGGCCGCAGGGAAGUGCCCGAUUAUGGAGGGUACUCAGAAGAGCAGAGAAUCGAAAUAGUUCCUAGAGACCUGAGGGUGAAAGACAAGUUUUUAAACCACUUAACAGGUCAUCUUUAUUUUGGUCCGAAAUGCACUAAGCACUUUCAUAGACUAUACCAUCAUACAAGAGACUGUACUAUCCCUGCAUACUAUAAAAGGUGUGCCAGGCUUCUUACACGGUUGGCAGUAAGUCCAAUGUGCAUGGAAGGAUGAGAUGAUAACUACUAUCAUAAAAAAUAUAGACAGAAACAGAACCAAGUGAAGUGCCUUGGAAACCAACAGGGAAAUGAAGCAACAUCUUUGUAACAUAUUCAAUUGUGAAGAGAUUUAUUUUUGCAAAUUCAUGGACUACUUCCCAUAAAUCUUUAAACAUAUGUUUUGUAUACUGUCGCCACUGUUUACAGAUACACAUUCUUUGGCAGAAACACUACCAAAGCAACCUAAAAUGUAUCAGAUUUUGAAGCAGCCCUACAACAGAAGUGUUGCAUUGCCAAAAUAAAAACAAAAAAGAUAAUUGAAUGAGUAUCAACUUUCCCAACAUGAAUAUAUUUCGUUCUGAGACACGAUGAGACACUUUCAAGGAAAACUUUCUAUAAAGAAGGGAACACCUGACAUCUUUUUUGCUUAUGGAACUCAACCAUUUCAUUACAACCUUUCCAUAAAUCUGUUACAUUGGACUUGUGGACUGCAAACUGUAUGACAUGCAAGGGACAAACAAGUUUAACUCCCAGAUUCUGUAUCCACUCUAAAAUGCCAUCUGUUUUCUGUACGAUAGAGGUAUAAACAUUCCAGCUAAAUGUGCAAUAUGUAAAUACUGUAAAUAGCACAUAUAAGAAAUAAAAUGUUUGGAUAUAAUGUUUGGCUGUGCCUGAAUAUUAUGGUCUUGGGAAGUCCAAUGCAAAGCGGUUUAGGUAACUGGUUGCUGAGCCAGAGUUUGGGAGUUCAAUUCCCCACUGUUUCCUUGACAGGAGCUGGACUCGAUGGUCCCUAGGGUCCC